UUUUGUUGCAGACGCGUUUCUCCGAAUUGACCUGGAAAGAAGGGAUUAACCCAAGUGGAGUGUAGCUGAGCUUGUUAGGAUGUCGGUGCCUUUCUCAAACACUCACCUGCGUGUUCCCCGGGGCUUUGGGGACUUACUGGAGGGGCUGGCCAGAGAGGUGCUGAGAGACCAGCCUAAGGACAUCCCCGCAUUUGCUGCCCUGUACUUCAGGAAACUCCUGCAGGAGAGAGAAGGCAGUGGCAUGGACCCUGCUGAGUGGACUGACAGAUGUCAAGAUAGACUCUACGAUUACUCAUUUAAGAUAAAGCCGAGACCAGUUGAUGCCAGUGACACUAGCACGCCUGUGACUAGCCCUGGAUCCACAAAGAAAGAAGAAGCCGACUCUCUUGAAAAUCAGGACACCGAAAUUAUCAUGCCUGUUCAAGUUUCAGCUGUCUCAUCUGCAAACUUUGACAUUUUGGAGGACGUGCCAGGCAUUGACGCUGAACUUUCCAGCGUGAAUGACAGUGAUAACACAACUGCAUUGAUAACCGGAUCUGACGGAGGCACGGCCAGUGUGAAUAUAUGUGCUAAAGAGCUCGACGAUCCCGAAGGAGGUGUGGCCGAUGAAGAUGUAUGUGCCAAAGAGUUGAGACAACCUGGGGAAGAAAAUGUCAAUGCAGAUAUAGGUGCUGAAGACAAGAGGGAUUCUGAUGAAGGUGUGGACAAUAUCGAUAUAUGCUCUAAAGAGCUGAGACAUCCAGACGAAAGUACAGAUGAGGACAAGACAAGAAUGGAUGUGGCAGGCACUGAAGAUGGGUCACUCCCCAAUGUCCAGACUCAGGCCAAGGAGGAGGCAUCUACUACAACCACGGAACCGGAGGGAUUACCACUGGAGGAAGUCGCAGAGGAACAAUCAUCCACAGUAGAGGCAGAAGGAGAACCACAAGAGAAGGUGUCAGAAACUGCUGAUCACAGCAACCAGGAACUAUCGGAGGGAGAAGCGAAGGAUGUAAUUAAUCCUGAGAGUGAGAACAACCAAGAGGGUCAGAGUGGCUCGGAGCCUGUUCCAGAUGCAUAGAGUGUGAGGAAGGGUAUCCCUUGGACAGCAUGCCAGUCCAUCAUACGCCAGUUAUGUACACACACAGGUUUAUAGUUAAGCUCACCUGAAAUGCUUCUCUGUUCUGUGGGAGGAAACCAAAGCACAUGAAGGAAACCCACGCAAGCGUUGGAACACGACAA